AUAAGUAUUGGUGCUUCAUUACCUAAGGAAAUAAAAAUAUCUAUCAUUUGAAGUUUUAACUUCUUGAAAACUCUUCACUUCUUAUUUUGUUGUUGAAUGUGAGUUCAUUUGAUUUGGUAUUUUAUACAAGGACAGUUUUCAUGCGUAUUAAAAUUAUGUGAGUGCGCAAAAUUAUAUUGGAUAAAAUGAACAUGGAGACGCAUCUGCAAGAGAUACUGAAAUUGUUAGCAAAAUCACAGAAUGCAGCAAUCGACCAAUUUCUGCAAUACGAUGAAAUAAACCAAAGCCAUGUUUACACAAAUACAUUAAUAGCCUUAAAAAACGCAAUAGAAACCAAUGAUACAGAGAAGUUUAAAGAAUUAUCGCUUGUCUUGGAGUUUCUGAGUGAUGUGAACAUUUUUCAGAACUUAAUUCCCUGCUUUAAUUGCCAUGACAAUCCCUUUCGAAUGUCUAAUGUGGUCAUUCUGAUUUGCAAACACAAUCGAUUGGAAAUAUUGAACCACAUAUUCAGUGAUGCGUCAUCGAUUAUCAGUGAUCUUUCCAUUAAAGUUGGCAGGACAAUUCCUUUGCCCACCGAUAGGGACGACGAAGCCCACAAUGCUUUUUAUUACGCUGUGCGUUCGGGAAAUACGCAGCUUCUUGAAGUCUUAAUGAAGAAGUGGCCAUUGGAUUAUUAUUCUUCACACACUGGAGAAUUGUGUUCUCUACUUUCAAAGAGCUUGCAUGAGUUAUCGAUAAGAAAUGUUGACGUAUCAAUCGAAAUGAAGAUAUUUAUACAAAGUUUUUUAUUUGACUACUGCUUCGAGGAAAAUCCUCCUUCUGAUUCAAGUGAUUAUGCUCAUGAUGAUAUCCAAGAGAGAAUAUCGCUUAUAUUGGAGUACAGUGAUUCAAUUAAAACAACGUACAGAAACAUGGAAUCUAAGGACCUCAUCAUUUUCUCAGCGAAGCAAAUAGCUCUAAAUAUAUUCACAUUGAAAAAAUGGCUAAAAUCUACCUAUGAUAGAAUUCCUUGGGAAGAAAUGGAAUUUCACUUAAUCUCCUUUAUCCGGUAUCUGAAUAACCAAGGGAGCUACAUCAACUGCUUCGUAACAGAGACUGAUUUUGUGAAAUAUCUUAGUAAUUUUUCACAGUGUUUAGAAACAGAAACCUGUGAUAUCAAAAAUAUGGACUUGGGAAAGUUAGGAAAGUUUCCCGAAAUCAAUCGUGACAAUAUGGUUCAUGGCAUUAUUGAUAAAUAUCCGUAUUUGGAAGAAUUUUAUCGAAAUUAUCAAUUUAUUCGGGACUAUGAGUCCCUUAGCAUCAUAAAAAAACACGUUGACAUAGCAACUCGAGUGACCCCUCUUGAAAAAAGUGGAAAAACUGUCAUUGUUAGGGCAUUGCAAGUUAUAGGCGAGAAUGUAAAAAAUACAUUAGAAUCGCCUAAACUAUCUACCGCAACGAACGAUUAUUUGAUGUCGUUUUUACCUCCUCAAACAAAUAGUAUUUUAAAAACUUUACGAAAUUCUUUUUCGCAUGAUUUUCCUUUAUCAAUAUGUCAAGAAAUAGAAAAAAUGUUUGGUUCUGAAUUUUACACAUUUGUUCAAAAAGACGUCAAAAGUUUAGAUCACGGAAUCACUUCAGUUCUUCAGAAAAUAAAGUCUAGAACUCUUGUAAUUCUGAUGGAAAAAGUUUGCGAUUGUGAAGACAUUGAUACAUUCAAAGACAUAUCUCGUAUGACUCCAAUGAUAAAGUUAAAUGACGGUGUAAAGUUUUUACCGGUAAACACUGAUGCAACUGAAUUAGAAAAACUCAUAUCUGACCUAAGGAAUGUCAUAAAAGUGAAAACUAAUUUUGAAGAAAACAUUUUUUCAAAAAUAGCAGAUCUUAUUAAUUUUGAAAAGACUUAUUUAAAAGAUUCCGAAAAUAAAUUUUAUGCAGGCCUAGUAACAUUACUAGGUGCCGCACGCUUCCCGGUAUGCAAAAUUGAUAAUUUGUAUUUUGCAGAGAGAAAAAAAAUCAUCAGUGAUUGGCUAAAAUGUAUAAAAUUUCAACUCAUAUCACGUAACUUUGCAAAAAUCGGAUCAUUAGUACAGACACUUUACAAGAGUUAUAUGUCUAAAGUAGAUAAGCAGGAUUGUUCAAAAUUUUUUUCUAUAAUUUUUAAGAUUUUUUACAUAACUGAAUGCCAAGAACAGGAAGUUAAAUACCUUCAGAAACUCAGGAGAACUUAUGAAAAAACUGUCAAAGUAACUAAAAAGAAAAUCGACGUCAUUAAAAUGUCACCAUUUGCAAGUUUUCAAGACAUCAUAUUGGAGGACAUUACAUGCUUAAGGAAAAUUACAAGUGAGCAUAAUUUAUCGGAAAAUAACAUUAAAUCGUUCCUUACAUUUAAAAAUAAUUUGAAACUACAAGUAGAAAUUGAAAUGCUUAUCCUAUCCAUUUUAGCUAGCCUAGAGCAUUCUGAUCUUUCUUUAUUAACGAGGCAACAAUUUAUGGAGGAUGAUAACUUUUUAUUGUUUGGCAGAAGUCUUAGAAAUUAUCUAGCUCAUGGAAAUCCUCUUGUGGACAUUGUAAUGGAUUCAUGUCUGUCAAUAUUUUUAUUUUCUAUGAAAGUUAUCAAAUAUGAUAUUUAUAAAAAAGGUAGUGUUUUCAUGAAUAUUUCAAAAACUAGAUCGAAUGCUAAAUCUUUAGUAGAAAACCAAGAAGGACUGUUCUGCGCUCUGUCUAGUAAUUCCUUAGACAAGGUGAUACACUGGAUCAAAGAAGGGGCUGAUAUCCAUGGAAGAGACAGUAAUUUGAUGACAGCUUUACAUUUUGCUUCGAAAUCUUCUAACAUUAACAUUCUGAAGUUCUUAAUUAAAUGUGGAUUGAACCCAAAAGUCAAGGAUAUUUAUAAUCGAAAUCUCCUCCAUACAGCAGCUGCGUCAGGAUGUGAAGAUGUAGUUCGUUAUAUUAUAGAAGAUCUAAAAAUAGCUGUGGAUGAAGAGUGUGCAGGAAGGCAAACAGCACUGCAUAUUGCGGCGGAAAAUGGUUAUGUGAACAUCGUAAAGACUUUACUCAAUCACAAAGCAUCGAUAUACAUUAAGAACCGCUAUGAUUGGACGCCCAUACAUAUCGCUGUAAAUAACAAUGAAGUUGAAACUGUUACCUUAUUUCUUAAAAAUGUCGAAAAUAUCAACUUGAUUCGUACAACAAGUGGUUGGAAAACACGUAAACUUUCAGGUGGGUUUACUUUAUUACAUUUUGCAGCUGAGCGGGGUCUCUUGGAGAUGGCAGCUUGCUUACUGCUUAAAGGAGCUGAUGUUAAUUCUGAAACCGAAACAUUGUUCACAGCAUUGCACCAAUCAGCUUACUCUGGUCACACAGAGAUUGUCGCAAUGUUGAUUUCAAAAGGAGCAAACGUUAAUGCUGAGGAUUCAGAUAAAGACACUCCACUUCACUACGCUGCAGCAAUUGAACACGGAUCUACAGUUGAGGUUCUGCUGAAACAUGGGGCAAAUUUAAUGGCUUCAAAUAAUGAAGGAUAUCUACCUUUACAUUACGCUAUUAUGCAAGGAAGUAUUAGCUUGAUAAAAACUCUCAUGAAGCCAGGAAAAAGUAUUAAAGAUGUUACGCUAAAGGGUGAAUCCAUACUCGAGUAUGCAAUUUCUCAUGAAAAUUUGGACCUCAUUAAUUGCUUAAUUGAUAAUAAAACACCCAUUAACUAUAGAAACGUUGAUGGCAACACUCCUCUUCAUCUAUGCGUACAAAGUGGUUCAAUAGAUAUUUUGCUGCGAUUAAUUGAAUGUGGAGCCGACAUUAAUGCUAAAGAUAAAAACGGUAUUUCACCUUUGUGCCUUUCCAUCAUGCUAGGUUACUAUGAUAUUGCUGAAAAGAUUUUAUCGCAGAAGGUUGACAUUUAUUCCGUUAAUGAAGGAGGGCAAACUUUACUGCAUAUCUGCUCCUCAGUCUCGAAAAAUUUGAUACAUUGGGAAGGAAAUCGUGCAGUGAUUAUGACGAAUGUAAAUUAUGAAAUCGAAUCUAACACGAAAAUGCUUAACAUCUUUAAAGCGCUUGUUAACAAAGGUCUGAAUUUCGAAAUAAAAAAUGACUAUGGCCAGAUGCCUUUGCACUUAGCUUGCAUGUCAGGUAAUAUUGAAAUCGCACGAUAUUUAAUCAAAGAGUUGACUGACAUUAACGUCCAUGACAAACUUGGGUAUACACCCUUACAUUACGCAGUUGAGUGCAAUAAUCUCGAAAUUAUUAAUUUGCUGUUAUUGAGUGAAAAAUGUUCUUUAAACUCUGUCACACACGGAGGUGAUACUGCAUUGUGUUUGGCUUCAAAAAGCGAUUAUGCUGAAAUAAUUCAGGCGUUGAUCAAAAGUGGUGCUGAUGUAAAUGACGGUGAUCCCCUCUAUAAAGCUCUCUCGCGGGGACAUCAAGACAUAUGUAUAAUUCUUCUUCAAAGUAAAUCAAUUAAUAUCGAGAAACAAUUCAAAGAUAAAGGUGAAACUUUUCUAAAUAUUUCCUCAUUCAAAGGUCUAGAACGAGUGGUUUCUUAUUUUUUAGGUAAAAAAAAACUUUCGGGGUUAGUUAACAUAAAUAACGCUUUGUUCCUUGCUAUUCAGAAUGGUUUUACUGACACUGCAACUAUCUUAUUAAAUCAUGGAGCCGAUGUGAACAUGGUUAAUAAAAAUCAUGACACCAUGUUACAUCUAGCAUCUUCUUUAGGCCAUACCGAAAUCAUAAAAGAACUGUUAGAUAAAGGAGCUGAUUUUAAUAAACUAAAUUCAAACGAUCAAAGACCCAUUGAACUGGCUAUACUGCAUGGACAUUUGAAUUCAAUAAAAAUAUUUUUGCAGAAUAAAACCACGGACUUAAAUUCAAAAUUAAAAAACGGUCAUACUUUUUUACAUAUUGCAGCACAAUGUGGGCAUCUAGAUGUGGUAAAAUUUCUAAUAAAUGAAGGUGCUGCAAUUAAUAUAGUUGACGAUUUCGGUUAUAAACCAAUACACAUAUCAGUUCGAGAUGGACAUUUACAGAUUGUUAAACACUUUAUUCAAUGCGAUGUAAAAUUGUUAACAGAACGUGGAUGUGCAAAUCAGAUUCUUCUGCACUAUGCAGUUGAAGCAGGCCAGACAGAUAUUGUUAAAUAUUUAAUUGAAAAGGGAAUGGAUGUCAAUGAACCGGGUAAUGAUGGAGUCAGACCAAUUCAUUUAGCUUCAAGAUUAGGUAAUGUGGAAGUGCUCAAAGUACUGCUGAACAAUGGUGCCUUUUAUGACUGCGUUGAUGAUACCUCUCAUAAAACACCUUUGCUUCUUACGGAGAAAUUACCUAUUAAAAAAACAUUAUUGAUGAUUGAAAAACUUUUUAUCUCUGUUAAAAAUAACAAAAUUUCAAACGUAAAAUCUCUUGUUGAUAAUGGAGCAUGCAUCCAUGCCAAGGAUUCGAAAACUGCUACACUUUUGCAUUAUGCUGCCUGGAAAGGUUAUGGUGAAAUUCUUCGAAUCCUAUUGGAAAACAAGGCAAAUCCUAACGUAUUUGGGAAAAAUAACGUUACACCUCUUCAUUAUGCUUCUACUUAUGGCAAAAUGGAAGCAGUAAAAAUUCUGCUAGAAAAUGGUGCGAUGUAUAACGUAAUGACAGAUGGUAGAAAAACUCCUCUUGAUCUAGCUUCAGAUAAACAUGUUUUUGAUUUAUUAAAUUUAAUAGAUAAAUCUUUCAAGGGUGUGCAGAAUUCAAAUACACAAAUUUUGGGCAUUCUCAAAAAUUUUGAAAAUUUUGUUUUCUUGAAAUGUUUAUCGUGCUCAAAAAAUAAGGAAGGAAAAACUCUAUUGGUUUGUGCCAUUCUCAAUGAUUUUCCAGAAAUCAAACAUCUUAAGUCGAUAUUUUUUGAACCUCUUGAAUCUACGAGUAAUAUGUUCGAGCAGUUAGUUGCCACAGAGCGUUUUGAUGAAGCGUUAAGCAUACUAAAUAAUUUUCAGAAAAAAACGCAGCAAAUGUUUGGCCCAAACAACCCCAUUACAUUGGAUAUUGAACUAGAUUCUGUUGUGAUGCUCUACAGGCAGCAAAAACUCAAAAAAGCCCUUUCCAAUGCUCAAAAAUUGCACCAAAAAUGGAGAGAGAUGUUUGGACAAAGAAACAGUCGCACUUUAAAAACGCAAUCAUUAAUAGCUUCUAUUUCGCACAGCUUGGGCAAUAGUUUAGAAGCGAUAGAAAUUUUUCGCGAGGUUUCCUCAUUGCAAAAGGAAAUUUUUGGAUUUGGGAAUUCUGAUACUUUGAGAACAUUCAGCGAUUUGGCGAUGGUAAUGGACGACCUUGGCUGGCAUGAAGAAGCACUGAAUAUAAAUCAUACUAUUUAUGAAAAAUAUCUUGAAAUAUAUGGUUCAAAUCAUUUUCUAACUGCUAUAACUCAAAAUAAUAUUGGGAAAUCUUUAACUCUCUUGUGUAAAUAUGACGAGGCCCUACAUUACUAUAAUUCUGUUUAUGAAUUUUUAAAAAAAGAAAAAGGUGUAAAUCAUUCCGCAACUGUAACGGUGCUUCAUAAUAUCAAGCAUGUAUCAUGUCUUCAAAAUUUAUCUGAUAAUACUGUCGAAGGUUAUCGGGAAAUUUUGAAAAUUCAGGAGAAAGUCUUAGGCCCGAAGCAUGUACAGACAUUAAAGACAGAAAAUAAUUUAGGAAAGUUAUUAUUAGAAAGAGGUCAAUUCAUGGAAAGUGUUAAGAUUUUUAAAGACAAUGCUGAAAAACUUAAGACUGUCUUGGGGGAGAAGAAUUCAACAGUCUUAGAAACGGAACUAUUUAUAGAAAAAAUUAAAUAUGGACUUGAUUUUUUGGAAAACAUUUAGUAUUAAUUAAUGUAAAAAAUAUGAAGCAUUUAAAUUAGUGUUAUAUAAAUUUAAGUUGGUUUUUAGAAAAAAAACGAAAUUUGCGAUUCCAAAUCAAACAAUGACGAGUACAUUACGUUGAGCGAAGGGCAAAUACCCCUGCUAUAAAUUUACAACCAAUAUUUUUUAACAGGUAUUACAUAUUCAAAUUUUGUGAUUUUUUUUAUUCAAAAUAAAGUAGUUAAAUAGAUUUUAAUUAAUAGUAGAGCUCUUUUUACUCCUCUGAAAACUAAAUAAUUGAAUUUAUAAUCAAAGAAAUUCGUUUAUUAUUAUUUUACACUGCAAAUAUACACAUUAUAUGCACCGUGAUAGUGAUUUGAUUCGUUGCGUAGACGCGUCAAAUCAGCGAACUCAACUGUUUCAAAAAUUAUUCCAUUUGAAUAAAACAUAAUAUUUUUUUAAAGUUUUAGUUUUGAUUCUGCCAUGCGUAAUUUUAUAUUGUUCUUUAGAAAAGUGGCCAAACAUUUCUUGUUAAACAUUACAAAAACUUUUUGUAUUGUUAAUUUUUCGUUUUAAGAACAUGAUGUUUAAGAUGAAAUAUGAAAUAAUAUUAGGAUUUCAUUAAAAUCAAGUAUUUAUCAAUAUGUUUGUCAAUUUAGAAGAGUGUAAAUUGUUUCUCAAUUACUAUGAUUUAAUUUUUUAUAAUGUACCAAAAUAAAAGUUUUAAAAUGUU